UGUCUGCUCACAUAUAGCACACCUUUUCAUUGGCUAAUAAGGCCCUGCCAGGCUAGGAGGAAGCUUUCUUUGGUUACUCUGGAGAGAGAAGCCACAGAGACCAUCCGCGGCCACCAUGCAACUGCCUCAAGUGACCAGUCUUUUCCUCUUUCUGUCAAGCAGUUUUUGCAGCUGUGAUCCCACGCCAGAUGUUCCAGUCAUAUCAACCCCUGUUUUAACACUUCCAGCAAGCUCUACAACAAAAACACCUGUAGCCACAACAGGAACAGUGUCAGUACCAAAUCUUGUUAUCAUGCCAACAAAUGGAGCACCUCCCAAAGGUACAACCAGCAGUGAGUUAUCAAAGAUGCCUUUGAAGCCAGCAGUGACAUCAUUAACAACAGUUAGACAUGAAGAAACCACAACUUUUGGUGUCACAAAGAAUGAAGUGUUCACUACAAAAGCAACAGUGACAGAUCUUCUAGUUUCAAAUGUAGUUUCAAUACUACCAACUUCCCAACCCAAAACUGAGACUCACAGUUCAGUCAAAACAGCAGACACAUCAGCUAACAUCCAACCACCAGAUGUAUUGCUGAAAACCACCAUGUUACCCUCAACAGCAGUCACCAUUCCCAAAAACAUCUCACCCUCUCAAGAUACACAAGAUGCAAAUGGUCCCACCACUGCACCAAUCAUCCCCUCCUAUUCUAGUAUUAUUUUGCCGGUGGUUAUUGCUUUGAUUGUUAUAACGCUCUUAGUAUUUUCCCUGGUGGGUUUGUAUCGAAUGUGCUGGAAGAAAGAUCCAGGCACACCAGAAAAUGGAAAUGAUCAGCCUCAGUCGGAUAAGGAGAGUGUGAAGCUACUCACUGUCAAAACUCUUUCACAUGAGACUGGUGAACAUUCUGCACAAGGGAAAACCAAGAACUGACAGCUUGAUGAAUCUUCCCUACAUUUGGGCAAUAAAUAUGUGGAAGAAGAAUCGAGGACAACCCCAGACUGACCAAAGCCACACAUUGAAGCAUCCCCGCAUUCAGCGCCUACAUCCCCCACCCCCCGCUGCUGCCAUGCCCAAAAGAAAGGCUGAAGGGGAUGCUAAAGGAGAUAAAGCCCGGGUGAAGGAGAAACCACAGAGAAGAUCCACAAGGUGAUCUGCUAAACCUGCUCCUCCAAAGCCAGAGCCCAAGCCUAAAAAGACCCAUGCAAAGAAGAGAGAAAGGUACCCAAAGGGAAAAAGGGAAAAGCUGACCCUGGCAAGGAGGGAGAUAACCCUGCAGAAAAGGGAGAUGCCAAAACAGACCAGGCACAGAAGCCAAGGGUGCCAGAGAUGCCCAGUGAAGUGUGUGCAUUUUGGAUAACUGUGUACUUCUGGUGACUGUACAGCUUGAAAUACUAUUUUUUAUCAAGUUUUAUAAAAAUGCAGAAUUUUGUUUUACUUUUUUUUUCAAAGCUAUGUCAUUACCACACAGAACACUUAAUUGUUUGGUGGGGGGAGGGGGUGGAACAAGUGUCACUAACAGAAGGUCUCCCAAGCUGGUGUGAUGGGAAAACACCUUUCCCUGCUAGUUUUGAAAGAUCCCCCUUGGCUCUGGGGAGGAGGGAUUACCUUGUGUUGACACAGUAGCCGACCCUGGCACAAAUGCCUCAUGCCAUGAGAAAACUCCAAGUCCAUUUUUAUGUUCUGCCCUCCACCAUCAGCAUAGACUUAACUCCCUUAAAACCAGAGAUCUGUUGGGACCUGAUCCCUUCACACUGGUUCUGCCAGCAUGUCAGAUGACCUGGAUUUUGCAGUGACAUCACUGCAAACUCCCCUGUUCCGAGCAUCACAUGAAAACUUCAUUGGAUUUUAUAGUGGCUUUCUGAUUUUGGUAGUCCAUUCAAGAAGGGAGUUUGAAAGUUCUUCUAUACUGUUACUCAGUGUCUGCCCAUGUCCUGCCAGAAAUACCAUAAUUGUUUAUGAAAACUAUCUUUAAUAAAGCUGGAGACAGUUUGGCUUGGGAAUAAAAAAGUCUUGAAGGUA